UGCGUCUCCAAUCGAAUCUGCAAGAAUAAUAACAAGCAAAGUAUUUUUCUAUUAUAAUUUAUACAAACUAAAUUUAUGACUAUAAGUCAUAAAGUAAUGUCAAUGAGAGCGAUUACAUGUUAAUAAUAAGGUCGUGAUUAUAAAAAAUAUCGGCUGAUUAGACAUGAGUAAACACGAGGAUGUUGUGCAAAAUGAUGAACCAAGAAUGAUGGUAGAUGAUAAAAAUGAUGAUUCCCAGAAUUUUUCGAGUGAUAAAAAUUUAGAGGAGGAAUUGUUGAACUACGUGGCAAAGAGCAAGGCUAUAUUUAAGAGCCAACAAAAGGACGAUCCAGAUUUAACUUUCGACGAGAAAUUAACAAUCGCACGUAACGUUCUUCAGAAGAGCUAUUGCCUGUUCUUGUCGAAGUUCGGUCAAUACAUGAAGAAGGAACAUUUAAAGUUCUUUGAGAAGAUCAAGGAUGAGGAUUACGAAGUCGCUUAUCAUUAUAAUAGAUUGCAAAGGUAUUUCAAUAACUCCAAAAGACAGACCGAUGUCAGGAACAGGAGAUAUCAGGCACUUAAAUCCUUGGUAGAAGAAGGGGAAUAUUUCAGUGAAUGCGAAAUGAUGAAAAGAAACCCUUUACUAUAUGAACACUUGGUAGGGCAGUAUAUGACCGAGCAACAAAAGAAGAUUAGAGAUAACAUAGACACUGAAAACAUUACCUUUGUAAAUUUGUUAAUGGAGAAUAUAGAAAGGAAUAGUUUAAAAGAGAAACGGAAAUUACAAGAAGAAGAAGAACAAAGUGUAUUAGAAGAAAACGAUUCAGAUGAUGACACGGAGGAUAUAUGUAUUUCGAGAACUACUGACAAGGAACAUACUAAAUAUUGGGGCCAACCAUUUGAAUCAGAAAAGGAAUAUAAGAACGAAGGAUCAAAAACUAUAUGCAAUAUUUCGAAAGCAGAGAAAUUAAUACUCAAACAAGAAUUCGUGACAAAUAUGUACCAAAACUUCUUGGAUGGGAAGGACACAGACUUUGAUUAUAGCACUGUAGAUAAUAAUGAAGCGUAUGAUAAUAUAGAUCUGAGAACGCAGGACGAAGAAGAUAAAUAUUUUGAUGCAGAGUCACCUGAGACUCUCUGUCAGACUGAAGAUACGAACGAAAUUGAGACUGAGGAUGAACUGGAUGCUUAUAUGAAAUCGUUAAAGCCAAUGACACCUGCAAUAACUGGAGUGGAAGAGCAAGAGAAGUUACUCGAGGAUGCAAUCAGCGUGGUCAAGAUGCAGGCCUUCCAGAUGAAGCAUUGCCUCGACAAAUCUAAACUGAUGGAUGCAUUAAAACAUGCAUCUACGAUGUUAGGAGAACUUAGGACCUCACUCUUAAGUCCGAAAAGCUACUACGAAUUAUAUAUGGCUAUCACUGAUGAAUUAAGGCAUUUAGAGCUUUAUUUGUUAGAUGAAUUUCAGAAGGGAAGGAAAGUUACUGAUUUGUAUGAAUUAGUACAAUACGUUGGUAAUAUCGUGCCUAGAUUGUAUUUACUUAUCACAGUUGGAUUGGUUUAUAUCAAGACAACGCCAGGUUUAAAGAGAGACCUUUUGAGAGAUUUAGUAGAAAUGUGUAGAGGUGUUCAGCAUCCCCUGAGAGGCCUUUUUCUAAGGAAUUAUUUGUUACAAUGUACACGCAAUAUUUUACCAGAUGUUGCAGAGGAGGACGAUGAAGAUGGGAGUGUUCGCGAUAGUAUAGAUUUCGUUUUAAUGAAUUUCGCGGAGAUGAACAAAUUAUGGGUGCGAAUGCAACAUCAAGGUCAUACCAGAGACCGAGAAAGGAGAGAAAGAGAGAGAGAGGAACUACGAAUUUUAGUAGGGACAAAUCUCGUGCGACUGAGCCAGCUAGAGUCAGUUACUUUAGAGAAAUAUAAGAAGCUUGUCUUGCCAGGAAUUCUGGAACAAGUCGUCAGCUGUAGGGACGCGAUCGCUCAGGAAUAUCUCAUGGAAUGUAUAAUUCAAGUAUUUCCUGAUGAAUUCCAUCUACAAACGUUAAAUGCAUUUUUGAAGUCUUGCGCUGAACUGCAGAACGGUGUGAAUGUGAAAAAUAUAAUUAUUUCAUUGAUAGACAGACUUGCAGCAUUUAGCCAGAGAUCUGAUGGCGUGGGAGGGCCAGGGAGCCCUAGUCAAGUACCAGGGAUUCCACAGGAUGUAAAACUCUUCGAUGUUUUUAGUGAUCAGAUAGCUAUCAUUAUACAGACCAGGCAAGAUAUGCCUCCAGAGGAUAUAGUGUCUCUCCAAGUAGCUCUCAUUAAUUUGGCACACAAAUGUUAUCCUGACAGAGUAAACUACGUAGAUAAGGUGUUGUUGACGACUGUCCAAAUAUUCCAAAAGCAAAAUGUAGAGAAGCUCGAGUAUAAUAGUGCUGUAUCAAGAGAAUUAGUGAGGCUAAUGAAAAUUCCGAUAGAUAAUUACAAGAACAUACUGACUGUUCUGAAACUCGAGCACUUCGCACCAUUGCUAGAUUACUUUGACUACGAGGGCAGAAAGUUAUUAGCCAUUUAUAUAAUAACAAACAUUUUAGAAAACGAGACUCUUAUACCAACUCAGGAGCAAGUAGAUGCGGUUCUUUUAAUGGUGUCUUCUUUGGUGCAAGAUCAAUUAGAUCAACCUAACAUAGAAGAAGAUCCGGAGGACUUUGCAGAGGAGCAGGGACUCCUCGGUAGACUGAUACAUCAUUUUAAGUCAGAGACAGCUGAUCAGCAAUACAUGAUAUUGAGCGCGGCUAGGAAACAUUUCGUUGCAGGUGGUAAUAAGAGAAUAAAGUACACUCUACCGCCAAUUGUGUUUCAGGCUUACCAGUUGGCUUUUACAUACAAGUCACUGCAAGAUCAAGAUGAAAUGUGGCAGAAGAAAUGUCAGAAGAUAUUUCAGUUCUGUCACGCCACUAUCACUGCAUUAAUGAAGGCUGAAUUAGCUGAAUUGCCUUUGAGGCUGUUUCUUCAGGGUGCGAUAGCGAUAGGAGAGAUCCGUUUCGACAAUUUCGAAAUGGUCGCUUAUGAAUUUAUGAGCCAAGCAUUUUCAAUAUACGAGGAUGAAAUAAGUGAUUCUAAAGCUCAGUUAGCAGCCAUUACAUUAAUCAUAGCCACAUUUGAACAAAUGAGCUGCUUCAGCGAAGAGAACGCGGAACCAGUACGCAACCAGUGUGCUUUGUACGCUAGUAAAUUGCUCAGGAAGCCAGACCAGUGUAGAGGAGUUGCUACGUGUUCUCAUAUAUUCUGGUCUGGAAAAUCGUUAGUAACUGGAGGGAAGGAGAUGCACGAUGGGAAUAAAGUGUUGGAUUGCUUGAAAAAAGGCAUCAGAAUAGCCAGCCAGUGUAUGGAUACUUCAGUUCAAGUACAACUCUAUGUUGAACUGUUGAACCAUUACAUUUAUUUUUAUGAGAAGGGCAACACAGCGGUGACUGUUCAAAUCUUAAAUCAGGUGAUUGCUAAAAUUAGGGAAGAACUACCGAACUUGGAAGUUAGCGAAGAAACGGAACAGAUUCAGAAGCAUUUGGCUAAUACUUUGGAACAUCUGAGAAAUAGGAUGGAAACAGAAUCUGGAGAAGACGAUGGACUCUCAUACCAAGGACUUGUCAUCUAAUCCGUUACGAACAAUAAUUUUGUACAUACGAGUAUAAGAUAAUUAUUUUAUAAACUGAUUUUAACUUCUGAAAUUGAACGCUUACUAGAUGUAUCGUCAGUACUCCAAUUACAUCAGUCUGUGUAAAGGAACUGUUAAUAAUGUAAUAAUCAUUUGUUAAGUUACGAAAUAUAUUGAUUUUAUAUAGC